CGCGAGGCGGCUGUGUUGUGUUUCGUUGUUGUGUAAAACUUGCAGCAACUGCCAGCUCGUUCCAUCCCCCGCAUCGCCCGCUCUCCCACCUCUCGUAUUCCCACACCCGCCUGCCACCCACUCGCCGCCAGGUUCAGAGAGCGCGAAUCCAAGUCAGAUUUUUUUGCUGCUUCCUGCCUGCCGUCUAUCUACGCAUUACUUUCCGGCCCUAACAAAUCGUUCGCAUACCUUUCUCCUUGGACCCAAACUCCCAUCGGCCGAUAAACACGGUCCGAGAACUGCCGACCUUUCACCUGCCAUCUUGGCUUGACAUCGGACAUAUAUAAUAACAUGCCCUCGCGCUGGAUCCCAAGCGGCUUUACUACCCCUUCAGCCCCAUCUUCCCGUCCAUCCUCCCGUGCUUCUUCGCCCACCCGCAACGGGCCCGCUCCUCGGCCAGCCAACAUGCUUUCUUCCCGAAGGCGAGACGGCACCGUAGAUUCCGGAGAGCUUGGCGACUAUUUCUCUGUCCCGCCAACGCCAGCGUACGAUGCAAGCGCGCCUACAUCUCCUUCCAUGUGGGGCGGCCCAGUGACCCCGAGUGUUAUGAACACGCCGGGAGGAAGCAGUGGCCACACGCUAGCGAUUGUGCUCGAUUCUGACCAGCUAGUUUUGCGGGGCCAAGGAGGCGAUAUGAACCCAGCUUAUCUUUCGGGUAGAGUAGAAUUGAAUCUUUUGGAGGCUACGAAUAUCAAGGAGAUUAUGAUGAGUUUAACGGGUAAAGCAAAGGUGCAAUUCUCGGACGGUUCUGGAACGUCUUCAAAACAUCGGCAUUACAGCCACCCUAUUACUUCACACGACUGGUCUUUCCUUCAAGGAGACCGUGGCCAUUCUCACACACUCAAAGCAGGUCGUCACACGUUUCACUUCACUCAUACUCUCGACGGCAACCUCCCUUCGACCCUCCGAACGUACUCCGGUGAUGCCCUUAUUGUUUACAAACUACGAGCAGUCGUAGUGCGCUCUGGGUUCGCCAGCAAUUUUUCGGCCACGAGGGAGUUUAAUCUUUCGAGAAUGUUCACUCCGGAAGCUCUCGAAUUCAAUCAGACGUUGGAAAUUGAAAAUACUUGGCCAGGCAAGGUCAUGUACUCUUUGACGUUGCCAUAUAAGGCAUACGCGGCCGGCGAUGAAAUACCGGUCAAUAUCAAGUUCAUGCCUCUUGCCAAGGGCGUCAAAGUGACAGCCGUUGUGUCGGUCUUGAAAGAAUAUACGUUGGUACACACCAAACACUCUUCGCAUCCUGAUACUCGGGUUGACUCGUGUGUCAAACACGAAAUCAGGAGAGGUCGAGCGGAGGAGAUAGCCCGAGAGCCCAUUCGUCCGCCUCAGCAUUGGAUUGACACUCAUGGCCAUUCAAGCAGGAGUAGUGCCAAUCAGUCCAGACAUCCCAGCCCUUCGCAGACUCCUGUCGCCAAUACCCGUGCUCGCCUGCCAUUGACGACUUGGGGCGCUCGUCCGGCGGACAGUUACUUCCCUGGUCAGACGUCUGAUGCUCCGGAACAAGCACAAGCAGGUCCAUCAAACAGCAGGGAUUCCGCAUCCAUUACCGAGUCUACAGAGACGGAUAUUGAGGUUGGCGAUGACGAGGUCAACACUUACUUCAGCAUCCCUAUCCCGGCGUGGGUCACUCCUUCACACGCUAUCCACCCAGUUUUCAUCACCCACAAGAUCAAAUGGUCAUGCUCAAUCGCUAAUCCAGAUGGGCACGUUUCCGAGCUGCGAUGUGCUCUCCCAAUCCUCAUUCUCGAUCAUAGCCUUCUCAGCGAGGCAAGGGCAGCAGGUGCAAGUACCCGAGGUUUGUUGUUCGGCAAUGCACAACCUGAAGAGCCUCAGGUCGACCUUCCCAGUUACAGCAAUCACGUUUACGAUAGAGUCGCCAUCGCAGACUCCAGUACGACCUCUGGCUGGAUUCCACGAUCCAUCAAUCCUACUCCGUUGCAUUCUCCUCACGACGAUACUCCUCCAAGAAGUCGCGCGCCUUCUCGCCCUGGUUCUCCGACCCGUGGGCGUAGUGGCGAAUCUACCCCUGAGGUACCCCCUCGUAGACAGUUGUCUCAGUUUGUUGAUUCGGAACUCCUUUUGUCUCUUGGCGCACUCCGUACACACUCUAACGACACAUCACCUCACUCAACCCCUCCUGAUUCUCGUGCGCCCAGUCGACCUCUAAGUCGGCGUAACAGUCGAUCAAACCUGAGCAGUCGAGUUUCGAGUCGUCCAGGUAGUCGGGCGGGCAGUCGUGCCUCAAGUCCAGAGAGGGGUAGCCAACAGUCAUCCACAUCUGGGAGUUACGUGGAAGAUGCGCAUAUGCGUCCGGGAUACGAGCGGCAUCGAUCCUCAGGUCUUCAUGGCCUUUUCCAUCUACCUCUCAAACCCAUUCGGCCCUUUUCCAGCCUCGGUGCCAGCCAUGUCAGUCGUCCAAUCUUGCGGAAUGGGAAUCAGUCAAACACCAAUCUACCCGCUGCCGUUGAUGACAUCCCGCGCAACUCGUCUGUUCCAGGCAGUCUAAACUCCGCUGGCGCCUCCAACUCCGGUAUGCAAUCUUCGGCUAGCAGCCAGAACCACGUGUCAUUUGCGUCUCAUGCGGUUACCUUUGAGCCCGAACGUUCUUCUAUACGAUUUGAGAUUGGAGCACCCGACACUCCAUCCGAAACUGAGGAUGACAUUGAUCCUCUCAUGCGGGUACCUUCGUACGACAUCGCAUCCCGAGGUUUCUUGGGCGGUGGAGUGGUCCCGAUAGACACGAGAUUGCCGACAUACGACGCUUCUGAGAUGUCGAUGCGCAGAACAAGGAGUGGGACAGAUCUUGGGUCUUCAGGAGGUUUGGUUAGGCCUCGAAGUGAUACUGCGCUGGUACAGUUGGGUGCGCAAGCGGCAGCAGAGGCGGAAGAAAGAGCGAAUGACGAUGUGGAUGAUACCGGGGCGCCGACAGGAGCAUAACGGGCAAGGUGGAUGGUGCAGCGGUGUAUGUAGUAGAACGGAAAAACAACAGAUCAGCCUCUUAUAGUAUAAUAUAAUAAUUACUUUUCCUUUACAUUCAAUUAUAGUGAACGUCCAUACACAUAUUUUAUCACUUCUCUUUGUCAGUUCUCAUUACGCGAUAGAUGCAAGCAUUAUAGAUGGG